GACGAGAACGUCAUCACGUUCUGGCCGCCAUCAUUGUUAGUGGCACUGAAGCUAGUGGAGAAAAACUGGCACUGUAACGCUAUCUUGUGAAUCGUGGGUACGCUGUCCGAGUGUCAAGAGUUGCUGGGACAGCAGCUAUGGUUCAGACUUGCUCAGCUUACGGCUGUAAAAACCGUUAUCACAAAGAUAAAGACAUCUCCUUCCACAAGUUUCCUCUCGCACGUCCAGACAUCUGUGGUAAAUGGGUGGCAGCAAUGAGGAGGAACAAUUUCAAGCCAACCAAGUACAGUAAUAUUUGUUCACAGCACUUCACUAAAGACUGCUUCAAGAGAGAGUGCAACAACCGCGUGCUGAAGGAGAAUGCCGUACCUUCGCUUUUUGACUUUAACCUUGACAUCAAGGUAAAGCAGUCAGAGUGUCUGGAGGAUCCCUUCCCAUCCGAGAUCCACUUCCCCCUCUCAUUUCCUCUGACCUCUGACAGCGUCAUAGAGGAGGAGGAGUCUGAGCCUGUAAGGAGUCCACUUGACAUCCCCAGUGACACAGUGAUGGUCUCCUGCGACCAUAACUACACAGCGGAGGACUCUGCACGGCAGAAGAAGCGCAUCCAGCAGUUGGAGGAGCAGCUGGAACUACUGAGGAAGAAGCUGAAAACAACACAGCAAAAAUGUCGCCGUCAGGAGAGGCAACUCAAGAGCCUGAGGGUCUCUUGCAAGACUGGACGGGCACCGCGCGACGCACCGGCCGCUUUCAGUGAGGGUUAUGUCAUCUUACCGAAACACAUCUACCACACACUCAAAGGCAUCAAGUAAAAGGAUGAAACUAAGUGGACUCAAAUGUACUGCACAUCUUGGAACAGUUGGUGGAGCUGUUGAGCAAAGCAGCGAUGCUCCAUGCUGUCAGCAGAAAUUAUGGAACAAAUGAACUGGCUCGUUGUCACACGAUUUUAGCUUUUGCAAACAUGUUGCUGAGUGACUGUUAAUGUCAAAGUGGCAUUCCUUAGCAACUAGCGGUUUUGCACAUACAAAAAAGUUUGGCAAGUUCUCGUCUGCUUAUGUAGUAUUUCAGGUAACACAUGCCAUUUAGUGUGUUAAUUACCAGGAACACUGGUCAACAUAGAUGUGAGAAGCCUCCAGUGGAAUGAUUCAGUGCCUGGCAAUGUAAUGAGCUUUUAUCUACCUGUAUCUGUUUUUUGAGAAUUUUGUAUUGCGAUAAAAGAAAAUAAGUUAAUACUCCUGGGGACUAUUUAGGGACUAAUGAACAGAAAGGAAUCAAGAACAACAUGAAGAAGAAUUCAAUAUUCCCAAGUCUUUUUUUUACUAAAUGUCUUUCUUUCCUUAUUGUGAACAGUGAAUUCUCCAGCUUGACCAUUUUCAAAGAUUAAAUUUUUAAGUAAUCGUCUUCCAAAUACAGACAAGAUUGCUGGAAUUGCAUAAAUUGCCAUUUGAUUCGUUUUCUUUUUAUCUGUAUAGGAUGAUCUGACUUUGGAUAUAUCAGCAAGGGUGAAAGGUGCAAUUAACAGGGUAGAUCAAAUUGCUCCGGAUGCGGGAUUAUCCGUAAAUCGUCACAUGAUUUUCUGGGUGCCAUCUUGCAGCUCUUUGCUUGCUGGUGCUGAAAUCUAUUUUUAUGAAUCUUUCAUAUAUUUAGGAAAAAUUACUGCAUGUACAUGGAUUUUUCUGCAUCUCACAUUCUUCAUCAACUCUUCCAAAGCGAUGCCACGUGUUUAAGUCAGCCUACAAUUCCUGUUGAAUUUUCUGGCGGAGUUUGUAUGUGAAAAAUGGACUCUUCAAUUAGUAGAUAAGAAACACUAAUAUCACAGAAUAUUGACCAGCAGUAUGUUUUCCUACUAGCUUGUUUACCUAUUGGUUGAUUUGUGGCUGAAACCGAACUCUGGCAAGGUUUUUACUUUCAAGACUUGGAUUAGACAAUAAACUCAUCUGAAACCCUUUUGAGGGCCAGCACUUUAGAUAAUAUAGAAUCAUUUAAUUUGAAUCAUCCAUUAUAGCUUGCUCCUCUCCUUGAGCUGUGAAAUAAAUAAAUUGAAAAUGAGUGUCAAAUUGAAA